GCGAUGACACUUAUGGAGUACCUAAUAAAGACAGGUUCAGAGCGGGUUGCCCAGCAGUGUAAGGAAAAUAUAUAUGCCAUCCAGACAUUAAAAGAUUUUCAGUACGUUGACCGGGAUGGCAAAGAUCAAGGGGUCAACGUACGGGAGAAGGCCAAGCAGCUGGUGGCCCUCCUUAAAGACGAUGAGCGUCUCAAAGAAGAGCGGGUCCACGCCCUCAAAACUAAGGAGAAGCUGGCCCAGACUGCAACUGCUUCUUCUGCUUCAUUGUCUUUGGCAAAUGCCCCAGUAGAAGCAGAGCAAGCAUGGCCCCAGAGCAGUGGGGAAGAAGAGCUGCAGCUACAGUUGGCACUGGCCAUGAGUAAAGAGGAAGCGGAGCAGGAAGAGCGGAUCCGGCGUGGGGAUGACCUUCGCCUCCAGAUGGCCAUUGAAGAAAGCAAGAAGGAGACUGUCCCUGCUAAGAAGGAGAUUGAAGUGAUUAUAGCGUUUCCUGUUUCUCCACUUGAAGUGAAUGGACUGAUUUUUUCUUCUUAUUGGGCAGUUCAAAAUCUGGGAGGUGAUGGGCUAGUUGAUUGGAUUGGGCUUUUGCAACCCAGUGUGGAAAUAGCUUUGAGAAUUGGAGAUACCCUCCAUCUGUCUGUCUUCUCCUCCUUCCUCUCCAUGUGUCAAACUCCAUUCCAUGCCUCUUAUGUUGUAUUUCUUCCCUCCCAGACCCCUGCAGUGGCCGACGAAGACCUACAGCUCCAGCUAGCCCUUAGCUUGAGCAAAGAGGAGUCAUCCCUGAUGGACCUUGCUGAUGUCUUCACUGCUCCACCACCCGCUGACCCGUGGGCCACUCAGCCUCCUCCUGCUGACCCUUGGGGCAACGCUGCCACGGUUGUGCCCACAGCUCGUACGGACCCAUGGGGACCCCCUGCUGCUGGAGCAGCCCCUACAGGAGACCCUUGGGGAGCUUCCGUAGCACCUCCUGUACCCCCCUCAGACCCUUGGGGAGCCCCGCCAGUUGUCAGCGCUGACCCCUGGAAGGCCGAACACCCACAGACCCAUGGUCAUCCAGCACGGCUCUCACAUCCCAAGGACAGCCUGCUCCUGAUCCUUGGGCUCCAGCAUCCACUUUUUCAGAUCCCUGGGGGGCCUCCCCUUCUACCCCUAGCACCAACAGCAUGGCAGCUGCCAGAGGCUUUGAGCAGUUUGAUGGCGGGGACAGGGAUGAAUUCUCUGAUUUUGGCAGCCUGCAUCCAGCACUGCACAAAUCUGGAAGCAGCACAGGUGAACUGUCCCUCUUAGCAGGGGAGGUCCCUGUUUCUCAGGCUGGCAGCGGCAAGGACAGCCCCUGCGCUUUUGAUAUGGCUGCCAUGGUUGGGUCACUGCCAGAGACCUGCAAGCCGAUGCGUAAAACCCCCGAGUCGUUCCUGGGUCCCAACGCAGCCCUCGUUGAUCUGGACUCUCUGGUCAGCAAACCUGCUGCUCCAUACAGCAGCACCAAGGCUUCAAACCCCUUCCUCCCCCCUGGUUCAGCUCCCGCCCCAUCUGCCUCGGCCACCAAUCCAUUCCAGGCAGCGGCGGCCACCCCGCUGUCACUCAAUCAGCUCCGUGUCAGUCCAGUUCUUCCGUUGCCCCAGCCAGUGCAACCAAUGUUUCCUGCCACAGCUCCAAUUGUCUCCAUAUCCCCCAUGGCUCCUAGGAUGCCCUUAGCCUCCGUUUCCCCCAUGGUGGUGGUGCAGCCCUUGGCGGCUGUUCCAUCUCUGGGGCUCCCUGCCAUGGGGCUGCCCCCUCAGAGCCUGCCCCCUGCCAGCGUUGUUCCCAGCAGCACUUCCACCCUGGGGAGCACCAACCCCUUUUUGCUAUAACUGGGGGACCUUUGGCCCGGUGUUGACCACCCAAACAUCCCCUUUUGCCCUGUGUUCUUCAUUAGCAGUGGGGCCCCUCCAACGGCAGCCACCAAGUAGGAGCAGCUGGAUUGUGGUAGAAGGGAGGUGGAAGGAAAGGGAGGGACCCAAGUCCUUGCAGGCCCUCCAACCCCAUGUUGGGAGGUCAGGAGAGUCUUUCUGCAAAUUUGUUCAUCAAUCUCUGUCUUCUCCUUUGUGGAAAGAUGGGAGAAAUGAAAAUUGCUAACUUCCUAUCUCUGUGAUUUUCCAGAUGAAACUAUUUGGGGAAAUGAAGACACAACCUUUUAAAUUAAUGUUUUCCCCCCUUAGAUACUCCCCUUCCUUCCCUUCUGAAUUUUUGUUGCAUCUUCUUCAACCUCCCUCUCUCCCCACAACCUCUAAGCUGGGACCAGUUUUUCUGUUUCUUGAGGAUUUUUUUUUCCUCCUGAGGAAGUAGGGGGUGGUGUGUGUGUGGGGUAAACAGGAACAAUUAACACCUUAGAAUACAUCUCCCUCUGUUCUUAGGAUCAAGAGAGAUGCCACUAACUUAAUGCCAGAGACCAGAACUAUGUCAUGCUCCUAGGCCUCUACCCCUCGUAUACCCACUUUCUGCAAAUGUUGGAUCCCGAAAGAAUAUCCUUUUGCAAGAAAUGCAGGAUCUUGCCAACGCAUUGAGUGGGUCAACGGUGGGGAGGACCUUGAAAUACUCAAUGCAACCUACUGUGAAGGGGAAUCUGGAAGCCGCUGAAGGCUGGGUGUUCUUAGAUGCUAGAAAGGCUUUAAAGGCAAAACUUCCCACACUGGACCAUGACUAGACUUGAAAGGCUUUCUUGGCCCGUGUCUUGGAAGGCCUGAAAGACAGAAGCCCCUGCUGGAUUUUGGAACAGCAGGAUCUAAAAUUCUCUGUCCUGGUCUAUGGGCCACGGCCAACUCAACCAAGGAGAACAAGGAAUAUACUGAAAACAGUGGGGUGGCCAGCAGAGUUGAGAAGCUCUUCCUGCCUCUGGCUCAGUGGCCUUCCAGACAUGGCAUGCGUGGCAACGUGCUUCCCUGUCUUUGGGGGUUGGACGCCCUGUGGCCCACCAGGAAAGUACCAUUUCUCAGAUGCACAGUCAGACAAGAGACCUGUACUUCAACCAGCGCAACUCCAAAAGAGCCUUCAAUUUUCUUCGGACAGGUGGGGGGAACAGAGGGAGGGACAGAAGAUGUUGGGUGGUCACUUUUACCCCUGCUACAGCAGCAGCAGCAGCUUGUGAGGGAAGGGAGUCAUGGCUGUGU